UGAACCCACAUCCGUUGAUCACGCGAAAGCUCAAGUACUAAACAGCAACAUAGAGCUCAAUUCUUCGAUUUGAAUUCAACUUUUAGUUCCAAACUAUUCUUGCUUGUAUGCAGUCGAAACAUUCAAAAUGUGCAAAAUAAAAAUCAACGCAACUGUUUUCUUAAUAAUUCUUCAAAUAUUCUUGGUGGCCGCAGCUGACUUCGAAGAGACGUGUGAAUUCGACCAACGAAUGGAAGAACAAUGCCUCAAUCAGACCUAUAAAGUUGUGAAACCGUUGCUCAAUUAUUUAGAACAGGUUAAAAAUGAGUUAAAAGAAAGUGAAAUUGAGGAAAAGAAGUUUAAAGAAUUAAAUGUAAAAAUUCAUGAAAAAUCCAUGAGGGAGGCAGCUCUAUUAGAUGAGUAUAAAAACAAAGUAAUGAAAGGGGAAAUCGAUUUGCAAUCAUGUCAAAUUAAAGUUGAUAAAUUAGAAUCUGAAAUUAAUUCACUACAAAAUAUUAUUGUGAAAUUAAAAGGAGAGUUAGCUGAUAAAUCCACAAACUUAGAAAAUUGCGAACUUCAAUUCAAAAAUCUUAAUUCUACCAUAAUUGAGAAUAUUCAAAAUAAUACUGAAUAUCAGAAAACACUUGAGCUGAAUUUAGAGGAGAGUAAAACUAAAUUAAUAAAGCAAAAUAAAGAUAUUCAAAUAUGCCAAUCUGAAAUUGAUACAUUGCACAGGACAUCAGAAAAUAUCAGAGAACAACAGAAAAAAAUUGAAUUGCAAUUUAAUGAUGGUCAAACUAAGCUAAUAGAGAAGAUGAAAGAAAAUCAGUUAUGUCAAUCUAAAAUUGACACAUUGCACAGGACAUCAGAAAAUAUCAGAGAAGAACAGAAAAAAAUUGAAUUGCAAUUUAAAGAUAGUCAAACUAAGCUAUUAGAUAAGGUGAAAGAAAAUCAGCAAUGUCGAACUGAAGUUGAUACAUUGAAUAAGACUUUACCCAAUACUAUUAUCCCAUCAAGUUGCUCUCCUUUUGGAGAUUAUCCUGGUAUUCAUGAAAUAAGAGUUUCUGGAGUUGGUUUCUUCGAUGUUUUAUGCGAUAGUCAGUUAGCUGGACCUGGAUGGAUUGUAAUACAACAGCGAGUUGGGGGAAUUGAGUGUUUCAAUAGAGAUUGGGCAACGUAUCGCAAAGGUUUCGGCUCUUAUAAUAGUGAUUUCUUCCUCGGAUUGGAGAAAAUACAUCGUAUCACGAGCUUGCAACGUUCCGAACUGUAUAUACAUUUGGUUGCUGUGAAUGGGACUGUUUACUUCGCUCGUUAUGACGACUUCAAAAUAUCUAAUGAAGACAAUGGAUACAAACUGAGUUUGGGUAAAUUCAAGGGAAAUGUUUACGAUGGAAUGAGAUACGGUGACAACAUGAAAUUCUCAACAUUUGAUCGCGAUAAUGACUCUGGCGAUGGUAAUUGCGCGAAGGAAUUUAGUAGUGGUUGGUGGUACAACUCUUGUUAUGUUUGUAAUUAUAAUCUGAAACAUUUAAUUCACCUAUUGAUCGAACUUAAAGAAAUUAAGAUGUUAAUACGCCCCAAGCAAUGAGCAAAUGAACAACUGUAGAGCUGGAAAUUUGAUGUUUGACUCUUUUUUGUAAUCGUUUAUAUGUAUAUGUAUACUUUCUUAAAAAAUACUCUAUAGAUUACAAAUAUUAAAGGAGAUCUGUUUUA